GUGGGUACCAGCUAUAUUGAUGGAGAAGAAGAACGAGAACGUGAGCUGCCCAGAAACCUGAUAAAACCUGAAAUUCGUACUACGCCAUCAUGUACCCGCUGAGCUUCCGGUGGACUCGGCGUCGUGGGCCGCAUAUAAUUAUGGCCAUCUGGAUGGUGGCCGGCCUGCUGUCCAGUGUGCAGCUUGUCUACGGUCGCGCCAAAGAAUUCACCUGGGCCGAGGAAACGUACUACGACUGCACCGAGGACUGGGAGGCCAAUGCCGGGAAGGUGUACACGGCAGUGAUAUUCACGGUGACCUUCCUGACCCCCAUGCUGGCACUGACGUUCACCUACUCGUCCAUCGGCUGGAAGAUGUGGCGCCACACUUCCCCUGGAAACGCUGACCCCCAGAGGGACCAGCAGCAGCUCUCAGCAAAAAUGAAGGUGGUGAAAAUGUUGGCGACAGUUGUGCUGAUGUUUGCUAUCUGCUGGCUGCCGAUCCACAUGAUGAACCUGGUCGUGUACUUCGACCGCGACGCCAUGCUUCCGGACACUGCCGAGCAGGAGUACCUGUACAUCGCGGCCUUCUUCUCCUGCCACUGGUUCUCGAUGGCCAACAGCUUCGUCAAUCCUAUAAUUUACUGCUUCAUGAGUGACAACUUCAGGGUGGACCUUCGGCAACUCGUGCUAGGUUGUUGCCCGUUGCUGGCGAUGCGUGCUGGCGGUCGGUCUAUGGGCAAACGCAGCUCGUACGGUGGCGGCGGCUCCCUUCCCAGCAGCACCAUGAUGCUUUCGAGUACCACUUCGAGUCAUCACCACCAGCAUCACCAGCGCUGCAAUGGAUUCUACACACAUUCACCCACUUCGGUCGUGGCGCUUAAGACACUCGGAGAUUGCGUCGCUGGCGAGGCCACUACGCUUCGCAUACCUGUCUACGAGUAGAAAGGCAUUUGCUGCCAUAAACAGCGUAUUCAGUAAACGGGACUCUCGACGGCACCGGCUUCGUACCGAGGAAGGAACCCGCGCUCAUGUGCCGGGAACGGGACGAAAGCACAAAAACCAUCAAGUCGCGUCUGACUGAUUCCUCCGAGUCACGUGGCGACGACGGCUGCAGCAUUUUGUUUGUUAAAAACUUGAAUUAAACGCGUUCUCGGUACCGCUAACUUGUUGCAUGGCCGCGCAUAUGACGUCGACAGAGUGUUUGGCUCUCUACGUUAGUUCGUCCACAAGGGGCCAGAAAUAGCAGCGGUGUUGCGUGUUGGUGAAAAAGUUAUUUCGCGCGACGAAUCUGAGUACCAAGAAAAUAGACAAGUGAGUUGCAGCUAGCGCGACGGUUCACAAUUCUACAGUGUGAACUACACGCAUGAAUAGUGUGGCGAAUUGGAAAGUGCAUUAAAUCAUCUUGAAGUCAUCAUCAAACGCCGCGAUCGUAGCAUGGAGACCCCGUUAUCUUUUGAACGGGUUUGGUUAUGCGGAGCGAGAUGAUGAUGAAUUGCUCGGGUGCUGAAGCGCUACCAAUUUGUUAAUGCGCUGAUCGCUGCACUGGCUCUCGUAUUUUGCAUGGAGAGUCUUCUUUAUCAACUACUUUCAAUGGAAGUCUCACGGUAUGUGUGCGUUGUGCGUAUGUUUUGAGUGUUGUCGUUGUAAUCACACUGUAAGCUUAUUUGCCAGGCACUGGCUGCUAUAAAAAGCCGCACUCGGUCUUGCGUGUGUUUUCUGUGCAGUGGUAUAUGUUGUGCUGUGGAAACGUAUUUAUCAUAAAUGCCACCUGUGCUGGAUUAUUCUACGUGACACUAUUUCAGAACACUUACCAUG